GUGGGGGGGAGUGAAGGGAGAAAUUCCGAAGCUUCUCUGCCAAGUCUGGCUGCUGAAAGGACUUUUUGACCCGAUUUGGGAUUUGGUGUCGUGUCGUGGCUAGUAAGCUAUCAGAUCGAAUGCAUGGGAUGGUUAUCUGUGCUGCUGCCGAUAACACAAGCCCCUCUCUCUCUCUCUUGCCCCCCCUACGCAACGCUAGCUAUGACAACCGAUUCGCCGCCCUUGCGCUGUUCACACAACAUGCAUGAAUUAUUCUGUUUUUCUAUUCAACCUCUCGUGUCCCGUAGUACCGGUCCCCGGCUAUUGCUCCUACCUUUUGAGAAGAUUAAUAUGCACUUGACGGGACUGUUGAUGCCGAUUUCAGUCUAUUCUUAGUCCCAUUACCCACUACUUUGUCCCCGCCUAUACUUUAUUUCGGAAGUGG